AUGCCGAUCGUUGGUAAAAGUGAUAAAAAUCGUGAUGAAAAUGUCACAGAAGUCGAGUAUGUUGACAAAGGACUUCAUUCUUUCCAGGACAUCUCCCACAUAUUUCACAAUACGGCGUUAACGAGAUUGACCCUCAGCCAUAACAAAAUUCCUUCUGUUCCUGCUAAUAUCGCUGAUUUGGUUAAUUUACAGAUCUUGACUUUAUGGAAUAACCAGAUUGAGGAACUUCCAACAUCAAUAUCGUCUCUUAGCAAACUUCGUAUUCUAAAUGUUGGAAUGAAUCGGUUAAGUAUUUUGCCGCGUGGUUUUGGUUCUUUCCAAUCCUUGGAGCUACUGGACUUGACCUACAAUAACCUUUCUGAACGAAGUCUUCCUGGCAAUUUCUUUUUCAUGUCUACCUUACGAGCUCUUUAUUUGGGAGAUAAUGAUUUCGAAUACCUUCCAGAAGAUGUCGAGAAUCUUUCUAGUCUUCAAAUUCUUGUUUUACGAGAAAAUGAUCUUACCGCUUUACCUAAAGAAAUUGGCAAACUUUUCCGCCUUAGAGAGCUUCAUAUUCAGGGCAAUCGCUUAACAGUUUUACCGCCAGAAAUUGCUUCUCUUGAUUUAGUUGGACCCAAGCAGGUCCUCCGUUUGGAACAAAAUCCAUGGGUGGAACAAAUCCAGGAAGCGUUGAAAAAAGGUCCAUUGGCUUUGAUGGAGUAUUUGAGGUCAGAUGCAUACAAAUACAUAUAUGGGAAACAUGUAGCAGGCUCGACUCCUAUACCGCCAAAAUCUAAAAAUAAGGAGAAGAAAAUCAGCAGACAUCAAAAUAAGUCUGGUUGUUAA